ACGGGUGACGUGUACAGUGUGGGCGUGGCAGUACAGGUGCUGAGUUGUGCGGCAGGUGCGGUGAGAGCAGAACUCGGAAGUCUACGGAGAGGAAUCCACUGAUAGAGAGAGGAGAGUGAUACUACGGUUGCAGAAGAUGGACUCAAGGUUUAAAAGGGGUCAGUGGACCUCCCAGUCUCUCAGAGUGACAGCGAAGGAGCUAUCCCUUGUGAAGCCAAAGAAUUCUGCCAUCAUGGAACGCUUUUCCAGAUAUCAGAAGGCUGCAGAGGAAUCCAGUGUAGAAAAGAAAAAAAAUAACAUAGAGGCACUUCCUCCCAGCUUUAACCGGGGCUCUCUGAGCGUGUUGAAGAAAAAGUGGGAGACUCCGGUUCCUGCCGCUCAGACAGAAGUAAAGCGCAGUGGCAGUUUUGUGCUGAGGCAAAGGCUUGGCAGUUCUAAGGCGGAAACUGCCCCUGCUGGCCGUCCUGAAGGCAGCUCCACCAAGGUCCGCUCGCCUCUGAAGGAACAAAGUCUCUUCCAAUACCCUAGUGCCACAGAAUUCCAUUCUCAGCCCACCGGGGUGGAAAGCAUGGAGCAAGAACUGGAGACUGCCAAGCUGGACACCCCGGAGCCUUCUCCAAAGAUUGAAAAGUUCCAUGUUCCGAUGAACAAUCUGAAGAUGAUGUUUGAGAAGGGUGAAACGGCCAAUAAUAAGCAUCCACAGCGAGAACCCGGGAAACUUAAUGUUGGAAAACUUGCUUCUGAAAACUACAUUUCAACUGAGGAUUCGGAGUACUCCAUCACUGAGGGUGGUUCUCCUGACAGCAGCCCCAGUAAACUCUCCUCUCAAAAAAGCUUAGAAAUUUCUCAUGUGCUGGACAGCACUUCUUCUUUAAAAGAAAGGAUGGCCAAGUACCAAGCUGCUCUGACCAAGCAAACCAAGCCUGUCUCACCCACGAGUGAUAUGAAAGGGAUUUGGAAUGAUGUGGUAAACCAGAAGUCAGAGCAGAAGGAGAAUGUCCCACCAAGUCCUGUCCUCUCCAAUUCCUCUCUUGAUGCUGAAAAGAGAUCUCAGACUGAGAGCAAUCCUAUUACCCCUCCAAGGAGAGUGUCCGAGAGCAACGGUAAACUGGAGGAAGAUCUGCAGAGACCCAGCACCUCUCCUGGUUACAGUCCACAAACAAGAGCAUUAAACCAGCUGGAGGCAACCCCGUCUAAAGUUACAAAGAAGUUUCAGCUGCCAGCACGAGAGAUCUGUUUUGGGUGUCAGAAGACUGUUUACCCCAUGGAGCGGCUCUUUGCCAACCAACAAGUGUAUCAUAACGGCUGCUUUCGCUGUCAUCACUGUUCCACCAAGCUCAGUCUUGGGAAUUAUGCCUCUUUACAUGGAAAUGCUUAUUGCAAGCCUCACUUCAACCAGCUGUUCAAAGCUAAGGGAAACUAUGAUGAAGGUUUUGGGCACAAACCCCAUAAAGAGCUAUGGGAGGGCAAGAAAGAGGCCACAGAAAACCAAGAAGACCUAAUAAUCCAAGCUGCAGGUGCCAAUGAAGAACCCAGCAGUCCUCUUGUUGAAGAUGCUCCUAUAGCAAAAGUUGGCGUCCUGGCAGCAUCCAUGGAAGCCAAAACCACUAAUGCUUCAUUUGAACGGGAAAAACUGGUAGAGACAAAAAAGCUGAAAAUUGCUUGGCCACCACCUGCUGAAUCUACUGCUUCAGGUACCCUUGAGGAGAAUCUUAAAGUGUUCAAACCUAAAUGGCCUCCAAGUGGGGAAAUGCUGAAAGCUGAAAGUGAGGAAGACUCGGAUUUGAAGAAACUAAGAAGAAGUUCUUCUCUGAAAGAACGGUGCCGUCCAUUCACACUAAGUGUGGCAAAGCCAGUGGUCACGAAACGGCCUCAAUCUCCUGUACUUAAAAAGCGUAACUCCUUAAUUUUAAGAGACGAUUCUGAAGACGAGACUGAAGACAAAAUACCUACUACUAUAUCAACUAAGCCCCAACAAGAUGAGCUUGAGACCAGUGAAGACAAGUUAUCAAAAGAAACCGAAGACAAGAGAGCAUCUCUUACCAGAUCAAAUGAGCAGAGCUUCUUGGAAAAUGGGGACAUUUCUGAGGCAGAGGUUUUCAAACAGCAACUCUCCCCUAAGGAAUCCACCCAUUCUACACAUUCAAGCACAGAGGAUCUGGUAAUGACCAAGGAUAGAUCUCCAACACACAUUCGCAAGUCUCAAGACAUUGGCUAUUGGGAAGGAGAAGAUGUAGAAGAACUAAGUGUAGAAGAACAGAUCAAGAGAAAUCGCUAUUAUGAUGAUGAGGAGGAGGAAGAUUAAUUCUUUCACAAGGUUUCAAUGCUGUAUGCAGCCUUAAAUUGUUUGAUACCCCAGAUAAGUGACCCCUUGUAUGUAGUGUAAAGUUUUUCCUUUUAAAAACCCUCUUGAUGUUUAAGUUCACUGUACAUAAUAUGAAUGUUAAAAACAACUUUUGGCAGGAAAAAAAAAAUCAGGUUUUAUAGCGGUGCACCAUGAGGUUCUUUAACACCAGUUUAUACUGUUGAACUUCCCAAGUGUGUCAUAGACCCAAAAAAGCUAGGUCUUGGGCACUUCCUGAACAGGUUGUGGGCUAUGGGAUCAUGUAGCACCUUCUAACAGCUAUUGUGUAUUUUUGGGAAACUUGCCUUUGUGAUGAAUGUUUACCUGCUGCCAUUUACAUAUAAACUGUCAUUGGUUUAGUUAAACCCUGCUCUAAAGCUAUUCCAUCUAGCAGCAUUUGUUCAGAGGUUGUUGUAAGCUCUUAACUGCUCUUAUGUCACAUCUCAAGCAACACUCCCAUAUUGCAACUUUAAAAACACAAGCUGGAAAUCGGACUUGAGUGUGAUUGCAUUUAAAUCGUCCCUUUUAUUUCCAGUUCUUCUACUGCAUGACCCAGCCAUUGGGAGAAGGAUGGAUGAAGGAGGUGAAUGUAGGUAAAGACAAUUGGUACCUCUGCGGAAUAGUGGAUGAUAAUGCUUUGCUUAUUUAAACAUAUUUGAAACUUCCAUAACUUGCAUCACACUAACAUUUGCAAAGGCCCCCUUUAAAGUUGGACAUGUGCAUUAGCCUAGUAGAUUUAGACUUCUAAGCUAUGCAAUAUGUAAUUUCCUACUGAAUAAUUUUGCACUCCCAAGGAUGAAAUGUCUUUAUUACAAUCUCCAGAGAGAACGGCAGUCAAACACAGGACUGAACAGGUUUUUCACAGCUUGACUCAAGUGGGUGAACCCUCAAUACCUUAUAUAUAUUUUUUUUCCAGGCCAUCUUUGCUUCCUGAUGUCCUGUGCAUGAGUACAUCUGCUAGGGCACCUCUGAAAACGUCAAUUCAUACUCUUUAGAUUUUUACACUCUCAAUUACCAUCGGGUACACAGUAAAUUUGUGCAUUUUUAAGGACUUAUUUUUUAUUUUACAGCUUACAGGUUUUUUUUUUUUUUUGCUGUAUGGGAGAUUAGAGUUAGGUGGAAUAGCAAGGAGUGGCAGAAGUCCCUUUUUAACUUUUGGCCAUGGUUUAACUUGCCAUCAUAAAUCUGUUUUGAAAUAAAUAAAAAAUCUCCCCAUAGCCUUUGCACCUGGAGUUGGUGAAUUCUCUAGUUAUGGGAUCUCUGGAUCAUACACAAUUGUAAGGUUUAUGACUCUGAUAUCUAUAGUAAUUUCACACUAAUCAAAAGUGGAGGGAUCUGCAUUCUGUAGCUUGAUGCUUAUGGUGUAGGGUGUUCCGGUUGCCUAUAAUGCAGAAGGUGCAAUCAUGGCAGCUGCAAUGCUUUUGUUCAUUAGUUGAUUUUAAAGUGUAGAUACAAAAAAAAUAUGCAUCAUCCUUUCUGCCCUAUUUUGUGAAAAGCUCAUCUGGAAAAAGAAUGCGCGUCCCUGUGCUGAUGCAUAUUUGUUUCUGUACUGACACAUUUCUUGGUCUAUGGCAGUUUUAAAGCGUUAAUGUGCAGCAGUUAAAUAUAUUUAAACUCUUUGUUUUUGCACAUUAAGGGGAUAAUGGAAAUCCAGAUUAUGAAUAUUAGAAAAUAAAACAGAACAUUUUAGAAUCAUUCCAUGUAUGAUAAAGUUGAGUGCAUUCACUCAUCUUUUCUAUUGUACAACUUUUGCACAAAUUUCUAUUUAGGAUACAUUUUUUGACUAUGGGAAUUUUUUUUGUAGUAUGUAAAUUUUUAUUUUACAUGGAAGCAGACCGUUCUAGGGGUCCCCCAAGUUCUGAAUUCACUAGUGUUUGCAGGGGUAUUGUAAUCUUGAAACCUGUACAAAGUAUAACCAAAGCGCUGGUACUUUUGAAGACUUUGGUUGUGGAAUUGCAGCCUUUAAUCCUCCAUGAGUCCAUAAAGUGCAAUGUGCUACUUUUUUACUUUACUAUGAACUGCUGGGAAAUGAUUUUGGAAGUGUGUAAGUCACCUUAUCGCAGCCGAUUCAAUACAUGAACUGAGCCAAGACUUGGAGUAGUAUCAUGAAAACAAAACCUUAAAUAGCUAAAGCGGUCUUGCUUUGGAUACUAAUGGCUUUAUGCUCCUUUUUUUUUUUUUUUCUGAGCGUCGGACUCAAAGCACUGUUAGUGUUGGGAGAGCAGCCAGUUGACUGGCGUAUCCAGCCAUUUCAUCCCAUGUGUUUUUUUCCCAAAUCAGGCCCAUUUCAAAUAAGAACCUACAACUAAUGAAUUUCACACCCCUCUGCAAAGUACUCGAAGGCCAUAAAGUCCCAGUAAUGCUUACUUCACUGUACAUUUCCACACUGAAGACGGCAUAGCAAACACCUAUUCACAACAGGCAAUCACAGCUGUGCAUAUUGCUGUUCAUUGGAAAUAUUGAGUGUCUAUAUUUGGCUGUAGUUCCUAGCCUGUUCAUUGGAUGCUUACCUCUGCUAUGCAUUUAUGCAGCAUAAAUUUAAAAUGGAACUUAUGGAAGUUAUAAAUUGGUGUAAAUAUAAAACAAAUUUCAGUGAAAUGUUAUGAGCAGUUGACUUGCGAGUCAUGCCUGCAGUGUACAUUUUAGGCCAUGCUCGCUAUAUACCUUUGUAAGAAACCAUACCUCUGAUGGCCAUUUUUGGAAAGUGAUAUUGAGAUUUCUUUUAUAAUUUGCAUUGCACCAAUUGAUGGAUAACAUUUCGGAAGCCAAAGUUCCUCUUACAACCAAGUUGGCACUCAUGCAGUAGCAUAGUAGAUGCAAACAUUCAAGCUAUGAACAUUUUAGACUGAAUAUGAGCUCCUAAGGAUACCAGAAUAAAAAAAUGUUCAGUCCCAAACGUCGGUCUAGAACAUGGGACUAGCCAAGGUUUCACAGCUUGAUUCUAGGGUGUGCACACUCCAUGCCUUUAUUUUGGUCAUCUUUGCAUCCAUCCUUGGCUGCUUAAAGAUCUUAUCUUGCAGGCUAUACAUAACUAUUCUAAAAUAUACAUAAAUGACCAAAGCUACCUUGUUUUGUCCUGUGUUCCAUAAUGCUGUUCUCAGGAUUGUGGUGAUAUAUUUACUUCUGAUAUCCUCCCAUAUUUGUUCUAUUUCAUCCACUGUCACUGCACUUAACAGACUUGGCGCGUCUGUCUUUUACUGUGGUAGUACCUACAACCACAAAGUAUGUACUCGUGCAAAAUAUGAAAUGGAAGUUCAAAAACUCAAAAUUGCCAUAGGUGUACAGUACAUUUGAGGGUUACAAGGGCGUUUUUUGUCUUAAGUUUUUUUUACAUGGUGCAGUUUUUUUCUGUAGAAGACAAGAACUAGGUAUGGUUAGGUGGAAUAGCAAGAGGUGGCAUGAGUCCUUACAACCAUAUUUUAAAACUAAACUAAUUGUUUAAAACUGGAUUCAUCAAUUAAAAGAAUAUCUACUUCCCAUAGUUUUUUCUACAUGGGGCUGGAGUCUGUGACUUCCUUAGUUGUGAGAUCUCCAUUCACCAAGUGACUUCACACUGAGGAGACUUAAUGUUGACAAUGAUAUUGUAUCAUCUGGAUGUGGUUCUUUCAAGUCUGAAAUAUGCAAUAGUUCUUCGAUUUGCACAAUAGGGUUAUAACAGAUAUCCAGGUUAAGUUAUGUGAGUAUUCGAAAAUAGACCCUAAAAACAUUUUAUAAUUCAAUGUAUGAUCAAAAGGUUGGGUGCAUUUACUCCCCUUUUUGUGACAUGGCCCCACAGCUUGGGAGUCUCGGAGGUAGUCCUGCCGAAUAUGUACCAUUGAUUUUGCACAAAAUUAUUUUAGGAGAAUGUUUCCGGACUAUGGAUUUUUUCUUUUGCAGUAUCAUGUAAUAUUUGAACUGGAAGUUGUAAAUUCUAGAUGGUGCAUGUUCACCCUUCCCCUAAACUUCCCUAGUUUUUUUUUUUGGGGGGGGGGGGGGCAUUUUAUUCCUGUUUAGGUUUCUGAAAAACUGCAUUGAUUCUGCAACAAAGUGCAAAUUGUUUAGAAACAAACUAUGACCAACACCCUGCUUAAUUUUUGAAGCCUUUUGCUGUAGUUGGGGAAUUCCCCGCCUUCAAACCUCCAUUAGGUUAAAAAGUGCAAUGUGCUUUCCUUCUUCCCUUUUACUAAGAACUGUUGGGAAUUUCUUUUUAAAGUGUGCUGGUAGCCCAUUAACAACUGAGGUAAUCCUUUUGAGAACUGAGGCAUGAAACUCAGCCUAGAGAAGUUGCAUAUCUGUCAUGUGAACACUCGUGUUUCGAUGGUGCUGGUCACUAACCUGAAGCAAAUCUACAGCGGAUGACUAAUGACGUUACUCCUUUCCCUGAUUUUCAUGCUUAUUCUGGGUCAGAGUGUAAAAGUACUGAUGCCAGUGGGGUCAGCCUUGCAGCCAGGUCAUUGCUGGCUGGUAUCCUGAAGAUGCCACGUUUUGCGUACUUCAAAUGAGGAUCCCUAGGUGUUGAGGCAAUAAACAGUUUUGCAAACUGGUUUUAAGAUUCAUGGUAACAAAGUUCCUUGGUGAUCGCCUCAUUGCUUCUUAUUUGGGUGUAAGAUGUUUCCAGACUGACGUUGGCAUAGCCAACACUUAUGGCCGGCAAUAGCAGGGCAAGUAGCUGUGCAUAUCACUCUCCACUAAUGUAUGCCUUGGCUGCAUAAUGUUGGUUCAGAUCACAAAAUGAUUACCUCUGUUGGUUUUGUGCGGCAAGUACAUUUUAAUAUGGAAUGGUUGCUUUUGAAAAGCUUUUUUAAUUUUUAGUGGCCAUUUUCAGCUACAAGCAUUUGGCUUGAGUCACACAUAGUGUACAUUUUAAGCCAUGUGUACUAUAUUCCCAUGAAUAAAAUAGUACCUCUGAUAGCCAUUUUAAGUAAUAUUUAUAUAACUUUCAUUGCAAUGUUAUUUACAGCAGACUAAACUGGCACUUGUGCAAUAGCAUGGUGAGUGCAAAUAUACAAGCUAUGCAGUUUUAGACUGAAUAAGUAUGCGCUUGCAUGGAUACAAGAAUGAAUAGCCGUCAAACAGGCUUCAACAGCUUGACUUGAGCUGCUGUCUUUCAUACCUUUCCUCUAACCAUCUUUGUUUCCAUCCAUGGCCCCCAGUGGUCUCCCCCCUGAGAAGACUGCCCUGUUUGGCCCUUUGUUCCUGAUCACUGUUCAUUGUCCAGAUUGUGAUAAAACCUUUAAUUCUGGUAUCCCUGUAAGCACAUGUUUUCUUAUUUUUGUCUACUGUUCCACACCUAAUGCACUAAUUGUUUUCCCCAUUUCUUGUCCGUUUCCAAUUAUGGCUAUUAAAGUCCGAGAUAGGCAGCCCCAUACCAAACCCCUGCCUUCCGUUUUCCGCCUUUGACCUCCCCUGCUGUUCUCGUGUGUGAUUUUAUAUCAAUUUGUUUUCUUUCUUUUUUUUUUUUUUUUAUGUAGUACCUACCACAGCAAAUUAUGUAUCCAUGCAAAUUAUGACAUGAUAUAGUAGUUUGUCAUAUUCGUAAACACUAAAUUAUGAUGAGCUACAGUACAUUUGAUGGUUUCUUUAUCUGUCUAUUUUACAUGACGAUUGAGAGGUUUUUAUACAAGGUGCAGUGUUUUCUUGCUGUAUGAGAGAUGUGAUGUUGGUACUGUAUUUUAUAAAGUUGUAAUAUAUUUGCUUCCCAACCAAUCUGAAAUAAAGAGAUUUUUUAUUCAGUGUGAA